AUCUAGCAGUGCCCCUCAAGCCCAGGCGUCUCUUCUUUAGGGCUAAAAUUCAUAGCCCAACUCAAUCCUAUAUGUGCCUUUGAGACAUUCCAAAAACUGCUCUCCAAAUCCCAGAGUAAACUUCUCUCUAGUCAAGUUCAACUCCCCGUAAAGAGAAACUCAAGAAACCUGCGUUAUCGACAGAAUCCACUUCAACCCACUCUUUCUUCACCAUUUCAAAAUUUCCACCUCCAAAUCACAUUUGAACCCUUUUGAAACUCUGGUUUAAUCAAAUCCAGUCUCUCUCUCUUCCCCAAGCCAUGGACAACCUCCAAGGCUACAGAGACGAAGACGACGAAGAAGACGAAGAAUCGAAACCCACCACCACCGCCACCCCCACAAUCACAACAACCGAACAACCCAUUGAACCAAGAGAAGCCAUUGACCCAAGCGAACCCACCACCGACGAGCCCGACGCCGACCCCAUUAACCCACAAUCCAACGACCUGCAAAACGGCAACAAAACCGAAACUGAAGCCUCCGAAGACCUCUCCGAGUCCCUGAAAUCCCAAGAAAACGACAACGACAAUGAAAACGACAACGACGACGAAGACCCACCUCCCAAGAAGCAGAAGCAGCUCUCUUCCCUCACGAUCCAGCUCUCUUCAGACCAAGAUCAAACCCCAUUGCCCCAACCCAGCUCCAACGGAGUCGCCCUCCCGGCCCCAACCGCCCCGAAUUCCAAGAAAUCGAAGAAGAAGAACAACAAUGUAUGGGUCACCAAGUCGACCCGAAAGGGGAAAAAGAAGAGCAAGGCCAAUAACAACAACAACCACAAUGCCCCUGCAGACGACACCGUUUUGAUCACUCCGGUGACGCGGUUCCCGGAUAAAACCGACGACACCCCGGACAUGACAAUCUGCCUUUCCAAGGUCUACAAGGCAGAAAAAGUCGAGGUGAGUGAGGACAGAAUGAGUGCUGGCAGUACAAAAGGGUAUAGAAUGGUUAGGGCCACUAGGGGAGUUGUUGAAGGUGCUUGGUAUUUUGAAAUAAAGGUGGUGAAUUUGGGGGAGAGUGGGCACACUAGGCUGGGUUGGUCCACUGAGAAAGGGGACUUGCAGGCGCCAGUUGGGUAUGAUGGGAAUAGUUUUGGGUAUAGGGACAUUGAUGGGAGUAAGGUGCAUAAGGCUUUGAGGGAGAAGUAUGGUGAGGAAGGGUAUAAGGAAGGUGAUGUUAUUGGGUUUUAUAUAAAUUUGCCGGAUGGGGGUUCGUAUGCCCCGAAACCGCCUCACUUAGUUUGGUAUAAGGGGCAGCGGUAUGCUUGCGCCCCUGACACGAAGGAGGAUCCUCCUAAAGUUGUGCCUGGAAGUGAGAUAUCCUUCUUCAAAAACGGGGUAUGCCAAGGAGUUGCUUUUAAGGAUCUAUAUGGUGGCCGUUACUAUCCUGCUGCUUCAAUGUAUACCCUUCCCCAUCAACCAAAUUGCGUGGUCAAGUUCAACUUUGGUCCUGAAUUUGAAUUCUUUCCAGAAGAGUUUGGUGGACGUUCAGUGCCCCAGCCCAUGGUUGAAGUUCCUUAUCAUGCAUUUGAAAACCGAGUUGAAAAUGGAGUCUCCGAUGAGAAGAAACAAUAGCCAGCAAGCAGCCCAAUUCAUCCAUAUUAUUAAGUGUUCUGGAGUUGCCUAAAGCCAACAAAAAACAAGAAAAGGAAACCUUCAUGGAUUUGGGAGAAUGAUAUGAGUUUAACUUCCCUUUGUAAUUUUGAUUGUGCUAAAAGUAUAAUUAAAAAUGAAUUGACAAACACUGUAUUCUUGGCCUUUAUCUGACAAGUUCUGAUGGAAAAUAUAAUGAUAUUGCAUGGCCUGAUAUUGUCCUGA